AUGUGGGGGAAACAAGCACCUUUGUUUUUCCUGUCAAUUCUUUAGCUCAUUUCCACCUAAGUUAGCCUACUUAGCCCUUAGGCUAACAUCAGUUUCCCUUUACUGCUAUGUAGUUUGACAAGCGUGUAGUCGGUGUGGUGGACGAGCAGUAGGAAGGCGUUUGCCCUCUGGGAUUUUGUGCCAGUGUUUGAGAAACUCGUUCUUUAUGUGCCACUGGGAGAAGAAGCAGCAUGGCGGAUGACAAGGACGUACUGAGAGACGUUUGGUUCGGCCGUAUUCCCACCUGUUUCACUCUGAACCAGGAUGAGGUGACUGAGAGAGAAGCCGAACCCUACUAUCUGCUUUUACCCAGAGUGAGCUACCUCACCCUGGUUACAGACAAAGUGAAAAAACACUUCCUCAAAGUGAUGAAGGCCGAGGACGUGGGGGAGAUAUGGUUUGAGUAUGAAGGAACACCACUUAAAUGGCACUAUCCAAUUGGAGUUCUUUUUGACCUCCAUGCCUUCAAUACUGUCUUACCCUGGAGCAUCACUGUGCACUUUAAGAACUUUCCAGAUCAGGACCUGCUCCACUGCUCGUCCAACUCUGUGGUUGAAGCUCAUUUCAUGUCCAGCAUCAAGGAGGCCGACGCCCUCAAGCACAAGAGCCAAGUCAUUAACGACAUGCAGAAGAAAGACCACAAACAGCUGUGGAUGGGUCUGCAGAAUGAUAAAUUUGAUCAGUUCUGGGCCAUGAACAGGAAGCUGAUGGAAUAUUCUACAGAGGAGGAAGGCUUCAGGUACAUCCCCUUCAGGAUAUACCAGACGAUGAGCGACAGGCCAUUCAUCCAGAAACAGUUUCGUCCCGUUUCACCUGAGGGCAAAGUUCACACACUUGGCAUCUUGCUGAAAGAAAUGUAUCCAGCUGCGAUACCCAAUGAAGGUGAGCAGAAGCGUUACCAGGCUGUGAUCCACGGCAUCGAGCCGCUGCUGGAGACUCCUCUUCAGUGGCUCAGCGAACACCUAAGCCACCCCGACAACUUCCUGCACAUCUGCAUUAUCCCCGUCCCCACUGACUGAGGCUACCGCUGUCACCGCGCCGCGACAAACGCCAGCACCAGCCGCGGGAUGCCCCAGGAAACGGUGGAAGAUUUGAACUAACAGACUCUUUAUUGAGAUGAGAAUGGAAAGACAAGGAGGUGAAGGGGGUCCUUCACAAACCUCCUGCACCAUCCUGUUUAUUUAUAUUUCUACUCCUACUACCACCACCACCACUACUACUACUAUUACUACUACCACUCAGAAAACCUGAUUUCAGGAGGUGACGGUGCAAAGAUCUCUUCCUCUAUUUCAAAAAAGAAGACACGCUUUCAUGGAAGUGAAGAGACAAACCUUUCAUUUUUCUACUCUGCUGUCUCGCAUCUUAACCUCCUCCUUUCUCUCUUCGUCUAAGAACAUAUAUCUUCAUGGGACAUGAGGAGAUUACGCAGCCCGUCUUUUCUCUCCAUCCUUGCGUCCUUGUUUGGGGAUAGGUGCGUCCUGUCCUGUUGAAGCUGCCUUAGUUUUUUUUUUUUACUUAUGAGUUUACAUUAGAGCCUGGAAAAAAAUAAUGAGGGAAUUUUCUGUCGGCUUAAUAAAAAUAAGAUUGUUUUUUUUGUUUUAUAUUUGACCAAAUGAGCUUAUGUAAAGAAAAAUAUGAGUAGUUUUUGAGAUCUGAGGACACACACAAACACAUCACUAUCAUUGUUCAUCAGCACUGUUAAGAGUUACCGUCUAAUUAUGCAUUAUUUGAAACUGGAAGACUAAAUAUACACCUGUCAUCA